ACACAACAUCAGCAAACACAAAUUGCAACAAGCAUUUCAAUCUUUCUUUAAUUCAUCACAUUCUUCCAGAGCCAUAAAAAUCAAAGCCAUCUAUCUACAAGCCUCUGGAAGAUGAUGAAACAAGUAGUUCUCUUCUCCUUCUCACUCUUCUUCCUCCUCUUUUCCUCCACCAUAGCCAUUUCACCAGCUCCUGCAGCAGCCCCAAAAUCCCCAGCAAAAACACCCCCAACCCCAAAGGCUACAGCACCAUCACCAAAACCAUUAGUCCCCACAUUACCUCAAUCCCCUGACUCCUCAGAUUCCACCCCUGACGACAUCACCAAGAUCCUCAGGAAGGCCAAAAUCUUCUCAGUCCUAAUUCGCCUCCUGAAAACCACUGAAAUCAUGAACAACAUCAACUCACAGCUCAUCACUGCCAAGAACGGAGGCAUAACCAUCCUCGCACCAGAUGACUCUGCUUUCUCACACCUCAAAGCAGGGUUCCUCAACUCCCUAAACGAAAACCAAAAAAUCGAACUAUGCCAAUUCCACAUCCUCCCCCAGUAUGUUUCGAGCUCAAACUUCGAUUCUCUGAGCAACCCAGUUCAGACAGUGGCUGGUAAAGACCCAGUAAGGUUGCCACUGAACGUGAAUGCUUUAGGUAACAGCAUUGUCAACAUUUCAACAGGGGUGGUGAAUGCUUCCAUUAUUGGGGUGGUGUAUUCAGAUAGAAACCUUGCUGUGUACCAUGUGGACAAGGUGCUUCUCCCUCUUGACUUCUUUUUAACUGCAAAGGCUCCAGCCUUGGCUCCAUCUCUUUCUGCAAAGGCUCCUAAAGCUGCUAAGGAGAACUCUUCUGCAGAGGAUGAAGAUGAAACAAACCAGGACAAGGAUAAUAAAUCUGGAGCUGUGAGCUUGGUUAAAACAACAUUCAUGUCACUUGGGGUGGCUUUAGUUGCUAUAGCAAUGAUGUGGAGUUGAAGAAGAAGAUCCAUUUGGGAGCUGCAUUUUCUGUUUUCAGUGUCAUAUUGUCAUGCACCCUGUUUUCUUUCUCUGUUUUGUUUUUCAUUUACAUUUUGUUAUCUGUUUGUUGGUUUUUUGUGCAUUGGCUUUAUGAAAAGGACCUGAAUCCUUACAUUUGUUUCUAUUUUUCCUUGUAUGAAAAAGUUUGAUUUAAAAUGAGUAAUUUGUCUCAUACUAAAAAGUUUUAUAUGAAAGGCACUAUUUGCCAUUUCCAGUUCA